CCUCUCAUUCGGGUUGGGAUUUUUUUUCCUCUCUGAUCGAUCAGGUGCAGAGCGUGAAGGUGGUGAUGAACAUGCUGAUGUUUCAAGGGAUGGUGGCGAGCGGGAUCGGCGCGGUAGGGCUGUUCGCCAGCGGCGACUGGAAGGGACUCGGGAAGGAGAUGGAAAACUACGAGCUCGGGAAAGUUGGCUACGUGAUGACGUUAGUUUGGACCAGCGUGCCGUGGGAGCUCUUCGCGGUGGCGACGAUGGCGUUGGUCUUCGAGGUGAGCUCCGUCUUCUCCAACGCCGUCGGCACCGUGGGGCUGCCACUGGCGCCGAUCAUGGCGGUGGUGAUAUUCGACGACAGGAUGAGCGGUGUCAAGGCGGUGGCGAUGGUGCUGGCGCUCUGGGGCUUCCUUUCUUACCAACACCACACAGGUCGGUAACCAGAUCCCAAAAUCCAGCAACAGCGAGAAGAGAUCGAGAGACGGAGAGGGGGUGGGUGGGGACUGAAAAUUUAUUUUUUUAAUUUUAAUUUGUUAUUUUGUGGGGUUUACCUUUUUACCCUUAAUGAACCUUGUUGUUAGUAUAACAACACUAUGAGGGUCGUUAUACUAUCGGGACCCCUUGAUUACUUGUUACAAGUAAUGAAAUUACUAUUCCUUA